UGGUGCAGAAUUCAGACACUGCUUUUCUCUCUCCCUCUCUCUCUCCUUCCUCUCUCUCUUUCUUUCACAUGGUGGUAAGGGUCGAUCGCGUCCACACAGACAUAACGGCCGGCGUGCCGAGAGUCCAGGGAAUUCCUCCAGGCACGGGGCAGGGACUUGGCCAGGCUGUCUGUUAUUGGAAAAGUUGGAGAGGGGGGUUUAGAGUGCGUGCAUGGAAAAAGAAAGAGUGCAAGAGAGAAAAAGUGAGAUAGAGAAAGAGUGCAAGAGAGAGAGAGGCCUCAUGCUGCGAUUUAGACGAGCCAAUUUUGUAUUAUCUAUCUGACACACCCUGACUGUCUGGGCGUUCGGACUGACGACUACAGCACAACAGGAUGAUGACCCAAGAACAGUUCACUCAAAGGAACAAUGUCCAGAGCACCGAGAAACCUCAUGUGUACAAAGUGGGCAUCUACGGCUGGCGGAAACGUUGCCUUUACUUCUUCGUCCUCCUCCUUAUGAUCCUCAUCCUGGUCAACCUCGCGCUCACCAUCUGGAUCCUCAAGGUCAUGAACUUCACCAUAGAUGGCAUGGGUCACUUGAGAAUCACGGAGAGAGGUCUGAAACUAGAAGGUGACUCAGAGUUCCUCAAGCCUCUAUAUGCCAAAGAAAUCCAGUCCAGAUUGGGUAGUCCACUUUUCCUGCAAUCAUCAAAAAACAUUUCUGUCAACAUCCUCAAUGGGAAAAACCAACUGGUCUCACAGCUAGUUGCAAGUUCUCACGGAGUUCAUGCCCGGGGCAGGAUGCUUGAGGUGAAGUCAAGCACAGGAAAGCUGCUCUUCUCGGCCAACAACCAUGAGGUGGUGGUGGGAGCUGAGAGAUUACGAGUCCUGGGGGCAGAAGGUGCAGUGUUCAGUAACUCGGUGGAGACGCCACACGUCCGAGCGGAGCCCUUCAAAGAGCUGCGUUUGGAAUCUCCAACACGUUCCCUGUUUAUGGAGGCUCCGAAAGGUGUGCAGAUUCAAGCCGAAGCUGGUGACAUUCAAGCCACCUGCAGAAGUGACCUGCGCCUGGAGUCAAAAGACGGAGAGAUCACUCUGGAUGCGAAGAAGAUCAAACUCCUCCGUCUGCCCGAGGGAAAAGCUUCUCCCUCGGCCACCAGACAGACUGUGUUCGAGGUGUGUGUGUGUCCCAAUGGGAAGCUCUUCUUAUCACAAGCAGGAACAGCGUCCACCUGCCAGAUCAGCAACAACGUCUGCCUCUAGAAAAACAUACGCACACAAAGCUACACACACCGGCGUGUACACACACACACACACACACACACACAGUGUCUAUUUUACUCCCACAAACUGCAGCUCUGUUCCCCUGAAGACUUCAACAACAUCUUCAUUCUGUAAAGAGUUCCUUCAGCUCCGAAAAAGACAAAAAGCAGAAACAUCAACCAUGUGCGCUCGCAGUCGCUUCCCCGCUUCACACCACGCAUCGUUUCCAGUCGUUGAGUAAAAAGUUCCAGUGGAUUUUUAUCACACAGCGAAACAAACGUGUCGUGUUCUAUAUUUUCGUUUUCAGUUUCAGGUCUUUUGUUUUUGCUACUCAUCUUUCUCCAACUGCAAUAUCGUCCAGUUUGGCCAACGUCAGAAAACGUUUAGCAAAUUUUUCGACUUGUGAAACAGGACACUCUCGACCGGUGUUGGAAGCGAUCAUUCACACAAAAAUAUAUAUAAAUAAAUAUAAAUAAAUACAAACUGUGCUUGCACCAGGACUGACCUGAUGCACGCUCUCUGUUCAAAGAGGAGAACAGUGCCUGUGCCUUAGCUCAAUGCACUCGUGGAAAGAAGAAGCACAUCUCACUAUCCUUUACUUUUGGAAAACCUGGAUUUUGAGUUUAUUUAACUUCUUGUUCUCCCUGAAUUUUUGUUUUCAGUACAAGAAAAAAAGAAAGCAAAGGAUCCAAAUGACAGUGACGCCAACUACGUCGAAUUAUUGAGGCUUUGCUUCUUUACAAGAUUAUAUUUCUUUUUUGGGAGGAAGAAAAAAUUUAAUUUACUUUAUUUGGCAAAUUUCCUGUUCUGUAAAAUCUCCUGAGUGGCAUAACAUGAAGAAAAAAAAAAAGGAUUUUUCUUUUAUUAAUGAAAAAAUUAUUAUAUAUAUUUAAUAAUCAGAGACAAAUUGGCCUUUGCGUUCUUCAUUAGGGGUGUGUGUGUGUGUGUGUGUGUGUGUGUGUGUGUGUGUGUGUGUGUUGGGGGGAGGAAAAAAAAGGUUCUACCACUAGGUUUUAUGUAUUUUAUUCUAUUCUUGAACUUUUAUGAUAAACACCAAUAAACAAACCAGGAAGGUGAACCAAAAAAACAAAAAUAAAUAAAAAAGAGGGGCCUGAAUGACCUUCAGGAUCCUGCAGUUUAAUUUUGUUGGUUGUUGCAGCUCUAAUGCAUACGAUGUGCAGCUUUCUGUUCUGAGAAUCCACUAAAAUGUUCAUCCAUGUGUCAUAUGGUCACGUGUGUGUGUGUGUGUGUGUGUGUGUGUGUGUGUGUGUGUGUGUGUGUGUGUGUGUGUGUGUAAGCUCCUGUUUCCCAAAUUACUAAAGGAAACAUGACUCAUUUCUGCCUUUCUUUAAUUCUUUUUUUUUUCCUUCUCAGUGUUUAUUUCCAGGCCUUGAUUUACUAAAAUCCAAAACAACAAGAUCAAAUUGAUAAACUGCAUCUGGAAACAGUGAACCGGCUGCAGGUCAUUUACAACGAAUAAUAGAGUUAACUGCAUCAUAUGCAAAUUAGGGUGUGGAGCAAUCAGUCAAAUAAAUGUUGCUGCGUUUGACUAAAACCUGUAACUCGGAAUUCCUGACUUCCAACUCGGAAAAACCAAAGAUGGCGCUCCCUCAGCUCUGAAUUCUGAGUCAGAAACCCUGGAAGAAGCUCUUCUCAACCUGCGAGUUCAUCAAAUGACAUCAAACUUGGCCGCUCAGAGCAUCAGCAGUAAACACAGCAGCACUACACACACACACACACACACACACACACACACACACACCAGCUUCAGAUCAAUCAACGUACAAACAUGUUCAAUUAUUAAAUCUAUAACACUGACUCGACACGUCACUGUUAGCUGGCUAGCUUGUUGCUAACAAAAGACGAACAUGAAGGCGUGCAUGGUUCAUUUGUUGUUGGGGUUUUUUUCUCCACACUUUGAGAUCAAAAAUAUUGUACGCAGCAUGUGUGCCAGCUGACUACACACAGUUAAACAGAUUGGAAAAAUACAAUAUAUGAUAUUACUAAAAGUUUACAUUUACAUUAUCGUCAGGUUCAUGUGGAUGAAAACCCUUUCAAAGAAUCUGUCGGAAUGCUGUUCACAUCUCACACACUGUACAUGUCGGAAUAGUUUCAGAAACCAGCGUUACCGCUGCAGUCUGAGGAAAUACUUUAGAAAGUUUUGGAUUAUUUUACUAAGACAUAAUUUCGAUAAACUUAUUAUUACAAUUUAGUAAAUGGUAGAAUUUUGUCUCCAAAAAUCAGAAAAGGUCUUCUACAAAUUUCAUACAUGGUCUUCAUAUGACUUUUUAAAUUUGUGCAUGUAAUCACCGUUCACAGGUGCGAAAUUAACGAGUUUAUAUUAAAGAGUUUCUGUGUUUAAUGUAAAUGAGUUUUUGAGCUGUAAAUGAAAUGACGUGACUGUACUGUGAGGAAACAUCAACGCUGCUGUUAAUGUUAACAAAAUUAACAUUUUUUAAAAAAGAGAAAUUGGCAUUUUAUUGUUUGAAAAUGACUCAAAUGCACCAUCUAGUGGUUUAAAUCAUCCUGAACCUUGCAAGGCCGACGCUGAUGUAGACAUGACGGUCAGGUACUUCUCGAUAUCAGGAGAAAGUUUAUAUAUAUAUAUAUGAAUGUUAACACCCUCUAAUCUCCCACAGCCCCGCCCUUGAGUGGGAGUUUGUGAAACCACACUCAUUUUCAAAUAUAUGCUAAUUGAGACUCAUCUUUCACAGGAGUUUCCACCCCAUCCCUCCUUCCCCCAUCAGCCCCUCCCCACCCCACCCCCUCAGCCACCACCCUUCUCUCUCUCAGCCCCACCCCAUCUCAGUCCCUCCCCACCCUCUCUCUCUCAGUCCCCUGUCCCCCUCUCUCUCUCAGCUCCACCCCAUCUCAGUCCCUCCCCACCCUCUCCCUCUCUUUCUCAGUCCCCCAUCCCUCCCUCUCUCUCAGCUCCACCCCAUCUCAGUCCCUCCCCACCCUCUCUCUCUUUCUCAGUCCCCCAUCCCUCCCUCUCUCUCAGCUCCACCCCAUCUCAGUCCCUCCCCACCCUCUCUCUCUUUCUCAGUCCCCCAUCCCUCCCUCUCUCUCAGCUCUACCCUAUCUGUCCCUCCCCACUCUCUCUCUCUUUCUCAGUCCCCCAUCCCUCCUCUGUCUCAGCCCUUCCCCAUCUCAGUCCCUCCACAGCCCCCCCAGCCCUGUCCCAUCUCAGUCCCUCCACAGCCCCCCCAGCCCUGCCCCAUCUCAGUCCCUCCACAGCCCCCCCAGCCCUGCCCCAUCUCAGUCCCUCCCCCUGUCCCUUUCUCUGUGUCCCCCUCUCUGUGUCCCCCUGUCCCUCUCUCAGCCUCUCCACACCCCCCCUCAGCCCCUCCCCAUCCUCAGACCAUCCCUGCCCCCUCUCUCUCUCAGCCCCGCCCCAUCUCAGCCCCUCCACACCCACCCCUCCCCAUCCUCAGACCAUCUCCGCCCCCUCUCUCUCUCUCAGCCCUGCCUCAUCUCAAUCCCUCCCCACCCCGUCCCAUUCUCUCUCUCUCUCUCUGUCUGUGUCCCCCCAUCCCUCUCUCAGCCCCUUCACCACCUCAGCCCCUCCCCUCCCCUCCCCGACCCCGCCUCUCUCUCUCUCUUCCUCCCCCCGUCACCCUCUCAGCCCCUCCACACCCACCUCCUCAGCCCCUCCCCAGCCUCAGCCCCUCCCCACUCCCAGGCUCAGAGCUGGGGAUGAUGUUACACUUUAAAUCCACC